GGUGCUCAUACUCUUGGAAAGUUCUAACACUUCAAAUUUUCCUUCAAAAUUGCCUUCUCGUCGGUUACUAAAUUAAAUUAUUAAGAUUCUGUACAACUCAAUUGCCAUUAUUUUCACGAAAGAGAAAGCUACGGUGAAAAAUUAUGCAAAAUACGAGAUUUUUCUGGAAAAUUUCACAAAUUAAAAUUACUCAGUGGAAAUUUGCUUUCGUUGAGUGGGUGAAAAAAGAGUACCUGGGAGAGCAAAGUGAUAAUUCCCCACGAGUGACACAAUCUCCCUCUUUUCAAUUAACUCAAGCAUCCAAGCGUCUCCCCGAGAGGUGAUUACCACGGGGAAAGAAGUGAAUUGGUGUGACGAAGUGUUUGAGGGUGGAAAACGACGUCAUGUCGAAAGAUUACCCAAGAGUGAGGAAGAAUCGUGAAUGUUGACGAAAAUGUAAUUAAUCGGGGCGGUUAGGGUAUUCAGUGUCUUGAGUAAAUUCAAAAAUAAUCGCCUUACGAUGGGCAAAAGUGUUCAGAGUUGAGAGUGAUAUGAAUCGCUGAUGAUUUCUUUACAAUCUCUUGGACCUUAUCAAUGAAUGGUUUUCUCACCAGAGCUUCAUCCACUUACUUGCUCUCUUGAGAUCUCUCCUCAAGUUCAGUAUGAUUGAUAAAAUCAACAGCUGAGCGAUUCGGGCAUUCGGCUGUGUUGAUCACUUGCCGAGAAUCUCAGGGCAAAAUGAGUUGCUUCCCGAAAUGUGAGGCAGUCUCUGUCCAAUCUCUGCUGAAGCAACAUCUUCAUGCUCCUCGGUCUGUUGAGUGAAACCCUGGAAAUUUUCUCUUGUAUUCAGAGCAAUGGCAGAAGAAUGGACCUUUCUCGAGAGAGUGCAUCGAAUGCUUCAGGAGGAACAAAUCCUUCCAACACCCCCCGAAGCUUCCGUUGUGGACUUCAAGUAUCCCCAUGAAUUGUCGAAAAUCAUCGACGUGUCUCUGGAAACUGAAGUGCCACGCACUUUGGACGAGGCUGAGGAAUUGUGUCGUCUUGUACUCAAGUACUCUGUAAAGACGGGUCAUCGAUUCUUCUGCAAUCAACUUUUUGGCGGCUGCGAUCCCUACGGCUUGGCUGGCUCUUGGAUCACCGAUGCUCUCAAUACGAGUCAAUACACCUUUGAAGUUGGUCCAGUGUUCACUCUGAUAGAGGAUGCUGUGGUGCGCAAAUGCCUGGAUCUUUUUAAUUUUAUUGAAGGAGAUGGAAUCUUCAGCCCAGGUGGAUCCAUGUCCAAUAUGUAUGCCAUGAUUCUGGCGCGCUUUAAGCUCGAUCCACAUUUCAAAACAGCAGGAUUAUUUGGUGCAAAGCCCUUGGUUGCCUUUACAUCUCAAGACGCCCACUACAGCCUGAAGAAGGCAGCCCACUGGAUGGGAAUCGGUCUGGACAAUCUUGAGGUUGUGAAGUCAGAUGAUCGUGGGCGAAUGUGUCCAGAUGCCCUCAGGGAGGCCAUUGAACGCGUUAAAUGCGAAGGUCGGCGACCAUUCUUCGUGAAUGCCACUGCGGGAACGACGGUUCUCGGGGCCUUCGACGACAUCAACAAAUUAGCGGAUGUUUGCGAAGAAACUGGACUCUGGCUGCACUUGGAUGCAUGCCUCGGAGGCACUGCAAUUCUCUCCAAAAACCACAAGAGUCUUCUCAAUGGAUCUGAGAGGUUGAAUUCUCUGGCGUGGAAUCCCCAUAAAACUCUAGGGGCACCCCUACAGUGCUCUAUUCUGCUGGUUAAGGAAAAGAAUUUGCUGCACAAGUGCAACUGCGCCAAUGCUGAUUAUCUAUUUCAACAGGAUAAAUUCUACGAUAUCUCCUAUGAUACUGGCGAUAAGAGCUUUCAGUGUGGCAGAAAAGUGGAUGCUUUCAAGUUCUGGCUGAUGAUGAAAGUGCGUGGAGUUGGAGAUCUUGGGGACAAAGUCGACAAUUCCAUGGCAAUGAGUAACUAUCUCACUGAACAAUUGAGAACUAGGCCGGGAUUCCGUCUUGUUCUGGAAGAGUUUCAGUACACAAACGUCUGCUUUUGGUAUAUUCCCAAGGCGAUGCGUGGGCAAGAAGAGACUUCAGACUGGUGGAAUAAUCUCUAUAAGGUUGCCCCUCUAAUAAAGGAAAAGAUGGUUAAGAAGGGAUCCAUGAUGGUGGGAUUUACACCACUUCUACACAAGGGAAUUGGGAAUUUCUUCCGGAUGGUUAUCACAUGUCAACCCAGCUUCUCCCGCAAUGACAUCGACGAAUUUAUAGUUGAGAUAGAGCAGUUUGGCGACAGCCUCAACUUCCCACUGUGAGCCACAAUCAGUAUUGUUAGAAAGGGUCACAAUUUGCCAAAAUUUUAUCUGUCAUGCUUUCUUAUCUUUCUCUCAAGAAAUCAGCCUCAUUCAUGUUCAAUUGUAAUUAUUGAGUGCUGAUUAGAUAGGAAACUAAUCAUUUUUUUCUUAAAGGCAUCGCAGUUUAUAAAGAAAUUCAUAGAUUUAUUUUUUUUUAUUGCCGACAGUAUUCGGUAUUUUCUAGUAUGAAACCUGUAUAAUCGAGUGAGAAUGAAAUAAAUUUUUUAAUAUCAGAACUA